CGCUGUUUGCCAAGAACAUAGCCUACUUUAGGGAGGAUAGAAAGCAAGGGAGUGAGAGGCUAGAGCGGUUUUUUUUCCGUCCGAAAGGGGUCUCCUUCUCUAUAUAAGGCACUUUUGAGACAAGUCGAAGUCAGAAGUUCCUCCACUCUAUAGGACCAUCGCCAAACAGCAGCAUACCAUCCCUACACCGGCCAGCUCUGUCAGGGGGGAACAGCACUGUAGGGCAGGGGGAAAUACACGAUCGCAAACACUGGAUUGCAUACUGAAGAGACUAUCGCAUUGGUGAGGAAAGACACAAAAAGCCAUCGUCCACACGCCUCCACCGACGCUCUGUACCACCGCCCUCAGACACCCCCACCCUGACCACCAAAGCAGAGGGCCAGAGGACCAACCAUGACCAGCCUUCAGACUCUGGUCUCCCUCCUGGGCCUGGUGCUGUGGGCCGGGGGGCCGAGCACCGGCCUCUUCCUGCCUGAGUCCCCGGAGCUCCGGCAGCUUCUCAGCCGCUACCAGGAGGAGGAGACGGACCAGAACAGCACCGGCGGAGACGGAGGUCGGGCCCGCCGUGCCAUCCGCUGGUCUGACCGAGAGGAGAUCCUCCAGAUGCACAACAGGCUGAGGGGAGGGGUCUACCCCACCGCCUCCAACAUGGAGUACAUGGUGUGGGACGAUGAUUUGGAACACUCAGCCACUCAUUGGGCCGGUGUGUGUCAGUGGGACCAUGGACCCCAGGACCUGCUCCUGUCUAUUGGGCAGAAUCUAGCUGUUCAUAUGGGCCGGUACCGCUCGCCAGCCUACCAUGUCCAAGCCUGGUAUGACGAGGUGAAAGACUACACCUAUCCUUACGCCCAGGAAUGCAACCCCUGGUGUCCGGACCGCUGCUCAGGGCCCAUGUGCACCCAUUACACACAGCUGGUCUGGGCGACCACUACCCGAGUUGGGUGCGCUGUGUACACGUGUCCGAGGAUGGAAGUGUGGGGAGAAGUAUGGGAGAAUUCUGUUUACCUUGUUUGCAACUACUCCCCCAAAGGCAACUGGAUAGGUGAGGCGCCAUACCAGCACGGGCGUCCUUGCUCCCAAUGCCCCCCCAGCUAUGGAGGAGGCUGCAAGAAUAACUUGUGCCUCAAAGACACACACACUCGCACAGAGUCUGAGGAUAUGAAUGAGGUGGAGAAGUCUCAGCGUCCUUUGCUCCCACGUCCCACCACAAAGCCAACUCCUAAACCCAAGCCAGCCGCCCCGAAGAGACCCAUUGCCAGGGCUUCCAGUGCUAAGACUAACACUUACCUUGCUCAAAUCAUUAAGUGUGAAACCAGAUUGCGGGAUAAGUGCAAAGGAGCAUCUUGCAACAGAUUCAAAUGUCCUGCAAACUGUUUGAAUAAGAAAGGAAAUAUUUGGGGUACUCUGUUUUACGAUGUGCUAUCAAGUAUUUGCCGUGCCGCCAUCCAUUACGGUGCCAUUGAUAACAACGGGGGUUUGGUGGAUGUUACCAGAAUGGACAAGUUUCCCUUCUUUGUCAAGGCCACUAAAAACCGCAUUGAAUCCCUCAGCAAAUAUCAACCUAGCAAUGCGUUUUCGGUUGCUAAAGUGGAAGAAAUGUCUGUCGACUGUUAUACGACAGUGGCCGAAAUCUGUCCCUUCAAAAAGUCCUCAUCCAGCUGUCCAAGAGUCUUCUGUCCAACAAACUGCAAGGUCCAGCCAUCUUACUGGUCACCUGUUAUUGGGAACACCAUCUACAGUGAUAGCUCCAGUAUAUGCAAAGCUGCCAUCCAUGCAGGGACGAUGAAAGCAGAAGGUGGAUAUAUAGAUGUCCUGCCACUAGUGAGGAGGAAGAACUACGUUGGGGUCCUGAAAAAUGGUGUUCAGUCCGAAAGUAAAAGCAACACAGAAGGUGGCUCUUUCCGCACCUUUGCGGUGAGAGAGUGAGGCUCCUACUCUUGGGGUCAGAGACCCAACACUCAGACAGAAAUUGUCCAGCAGGAUUAAUAUCAUGGCAGCAUCACUGUCUGGAUGGAGUAGGAAAACAAGUCAUUAAAGAUGAUUUGUAUUUUCAAACGUAAUAACCAGUAUAAUUAAUAACUUUCAGCCUUUAAUGGACUUUUCUCUUAGGCCAAGAAUAAAGAUGCAUAUAUUUUUAUAGAAACAUCUGCGAAUGCAGAUUGUUAUGUUGAAACAAGAUUUAUUGAACAGCUGGUGCUGUGAAUCUCUAUAUUUGAUUUAAAUACAAUGGGAGUAACAAUAUUAUGUUUACAUUGGAAUUAUUAAAUAUCCUUACAUUUAUAAAUUGGUUUUAAUACAUAGGAAUGUAAACUGAUCACACUGUAUUUAAUCAUUUUGUACAGAAUGUAUUUUAUAUUGUGUUUGAAGAAUUGAAUACUAUAUAUUAACAGUUUCUUUGUUAUCAAUGUAGAUUUCCUCUGACUUAAUCCCCAUUUAGUUCCUUUUGGAUUCUAAAUGUUAAACUAAAUGCAUUUCUAAAUGUUAUUUAUAAUUUAUAUAUUUUCCUUAUUUUGUGCAAGGAUGUAUUGUAGUGUGAUAGUACCUGUUUUAAGGAAAAAUAAUAAUUUGGGGAAAUUAAAUUAUGGCCCCUCCUAAAGACAAAUGAAUGUUUUUACAGUCCAAACCUCUAUUACGUUGAUGCAUGUAAUGGGCAAUUGCUUAAAGCAUGUCAAAAUACAGCUCAGCAUGUAUUGUGCAACUGCUCAAAGAUAUUGCUAUUUGGGAUUGUUGAGCAACCACCAUUAUAGUAGAGACAUCUUUGUAAUUCUUUGAGUUUAGCAUAUUGAUCUUUUCUUAACCUUAAUAUGAGGAUUAUGAUCAUUACAUCUUUAAAUCUGACAAAUCUUGCCUGACUUUUCCUCUUAACUUCAAGGAAGAUUUAAUUUAAAACUUGGAUAUUAAGCACACCAUAUUGCCCCGCCUCUAAACAAAGAUAAUUUUAUGUUUUUAUUCCUUUGACAUUAUUUUAGCUAUCUCGGGGUCAAGUGCUAUGGUAGCAUUGCAUUCACUCUUGUACAUUAAUGGACAUAGUUUGUAAAUACUUUUUUUUUGUUUUUGAGAAGUCCUUUGUAUAAUAAUAUAAUGAGUGACUGUGUUAUUAUAUUGUUUUGAUAAAGGCAUUAGAUAGGUUCCCUUUUUUCACAGAAUUGAAAAAUAAAAUAUUAGUUACACAACCUAA